ACACAACAAAUAAAACCCACACACACGCACAUUUACACACCAGAAGGCCUCUCUCUCUCUCUCUCUCUCUCUGUGUUACGAUCCCUACGCCAUGUAAAGCCAAAAGUUGGAGGAGCGAGCCGUUUUAAUGGAAGUUUCUUGAUCUCUCCGUUGUAAUUUUUUUCACUUUUUUACGGCAACUUUCUUUUUUCUUUUUAUGUUUUAUUUCAUUUUGGCAAUGGAGGAAGAAUUGCUGAAGCGAAACACCGAUUGCGUCUAUUUCUUGGCCUCACCUCUUACCUGCAAGAAGGGAAUUGAUUGUGAGUAUAGGCACAGUGAGAUUGCAAGGCUGAACCCAAGGGAUUGCUGGUACUGGUUAGCUGGAAACUGUCUCAAUCCAACCUGUGCUUUCAGGCAUCCUCCGUUGGAUAGCCAUGCUGAAGAAUCUUCAGAAACUUCCUUAUGUUCACAAUCAGUAAAUAAGACCAGCAUUCCCUGUUAUUUUUACUUCAACGGGUUCUGCAAUAAGGGUGGCAAAUGCUGUUUUCUGCAUGGUGUUGAUUUUAAUGCAACGGCUGCAAAACCAGUAAAAGUACCAGCUGAUGGUAAUGCACCAACUGGGAAAUCAGUAAACGCAAUUUUGGUCAAUUCUGAUCCACUCUUGGAAAAUAAGGAAUCUACAGGAAUUGAUACAGUAUCAGCACAAAUUAAUACACAUUUAAGUUCUGUUAAAAAUGCUAACAAUGCAGCAGUUGGCACAAGAGUCCAACCUAUGCAGCAUUUUAAGCUACCAGUACCCAAUAUUGUUCCACAGCAAAGAGCUUCUCCUGAGAUCUCUGUUUCUGAGGAUGAGGAGCCUGGUGCAAGUGGAUCAGACUCCUUGCUUGUAGCAGAAGGUUUUGUUCAAAGUAUAUCUCAUGAAUGCACAGAUCACAGUUCAGAGGAAGAAGUGGAUGAUCACAUUGACCCAGAUGAGAGAUGGGAAUCAUCCCCAGGCUUUGACGUUCUUGUCAAUGGUAAAUCAGAGAACGUGAAUUGUGAGGAUGAUCCUGAGUAUUUCAUGGCACUCAGUGGGGAUCAGAAGGAACUGAACAGCCAUUUCUUGGGCUAUGAAUUUGAAAACCCAAUUGAGUAUGACCCAACCUACCGUGAUGUGGAACUUAUAUAUGACAGUGAGGUGUAUGAUUCCUAUGACCGCCAGGACCGAGCUUACAUUUUUGGUAAUAUCAGAAAUAUUCCUGGCCAUGACAGAGAUAAGGUGUUUGAUACCAUUUUAUCUCGCAAGCGGAAACUUGUGCCAAUGGAACUGUUUGUUGAUGACCAAAAUUGUGUGGAUCUUCGGAACCAUCUUAGAAGACGCAGGUUAAUUGGUACUCAUCCAGUUUCUGGCUUAUCGAGAAGUCACGAAUCAAGUUUGCUUAUCCAUAGAAGACAGGAAAGGCGUCAACGGCAUGGUAUAGGUCGCCCGCGGCUGCAUGGUAAUUUGGCAUCGGCAUUGGGAAAGCACACUAUUGAAUCAGUUUGCAAGAAUGGAACUUUAUUAAAUGGUGGAACUCCACAUGGUUCAUUUAGGCGCACACAGCAGCAUUUUUCUAGGAAGCAUUAUAAGGAGAAAAAAAGGCUUGCCAAAAGGCAGUUUCCUUCAUCUGAAAUCCCAAGGAAACCGAUAAGAAGGGAGAGGAUACAUAACCAGGAGUCUAAUGCAUUUAGUGGACCCAAGACCCUUGCCCAGAUUAAAGAAGAAAAGAGAAAAGCGGAAGCAAACGGGGAUUGGAUUGGGAAAGUGGGGCAUUCAAGCAGAAUGACAUUGGCAGACUUUGAGGGUCCCAAACCGUUGAGUGAAAUUAUGAAGGACAAAAGAAAGAUUGAGCAGUGAGAGAGAACUCAGUAUUGCCAGCAAUUGAAAGAUGAGACUUAAGAAAUUUGAAGACAUGGAGAAGUUUAAUUUUUCUGAAGUAGAUAAUGACAAUAGCUUGAGGAGCGUUCUAGAAAAAAAAAGUUUCAUGGCCAUGAAAUAUGCAAAGGAUCUUGUUCUUUUUCCACCACUGGAUAUGAUACUUCUCUUCUGUUACUCGAAGAAAAUGAGGAUUUGUGGAAGAAGUUUCUAUUAAUAUUUUCUUGAUCCUUUCAGGAUUUUCUUUUCUGUUAAUCAUUUUGAUUACUGAUUUGCUAGCCCUGCUUAAACUCAAGAGUUACAAUGACGAAGAUAACAUCAUUGUUAUCAAACUUGUUUUAGUUACUGUACAGAGCUGCUUAUGAAUACUCAUUGUGGCCAAUGAAUUGGCAUUAGAAAAGCUUUUGCACAUAUCUGCUUGUUAAUGGUUCUGCUUUGUUGAUUGUAUUUUGGGCCCUGCCCUUUGUUUUCUUGCAGAACAUUGAUAAAAACGAGUCUAACGAAUUUAACUUUCA